UCUGCAGGCUGCAGCAGCAGCAGUUAUCCCCACUCUGUCACCACCACAGUAAUAAUUUCAAUUUCUUCAAUUUCCAUUUCCUGAUCUAUACCUACUUACUAUCCUCUCUCACCUCACCAUCCAGAUUCACAUACCCUCGCUCGCUCUCUAUGGCGAUGCUUCCCAGACCUAAGUCGCCGCCAGAGUUAUACGGCAAACGGAGAGAGUUGGCAAAGGUUGUCAUGUUGGAAAGAGAAAUCGGUUUCCUUAAGGAAGAGUUGAAGUCUAUUGAAAAGUUACAGCCGGCUUCUUCUUGCAUCAAAGAGGUUGCGGAUUAUGUUGUCACAACCCCAGAACCAUUGAUCACUGUGUGCAGCAAAACUGGCAAAUCUUGUACUGGUUUCUGGAAGUGGCUUUUAUGUGGAUAUUCGUGCUUCGACUUGUCAUGUCUUCGCUGUUGCUGCUACUGCUCUUUACCCCGCAACUGUUGUUCUCUUGAAAUGCCACACUGUUGCUGCUCCUUACCCCGCUGCUGCUGCUGCUGCGACUGUGACUGUUGUUGUUCAUGGUCAAUGCCAAAGUGCACUUGCCCAACUCCAAGCUGGCCUGCGUGUUUAAAACCAUGCUCAUGUUGCCCUAACUGUACUUCUAGUUGCUGCAGAAUUCCCCGGUGCAAAUGUUGUUGUUGGCCAACCACCACCACCAAAUGCCGCCCCUCAUGCUCAUGCUCCUGCUCAUGUUGGCCAACUAAGUGCUCAUGUCCUAAACUCCCAAAAUGUUUCAGCUGUACCCUAGAAAACUACUGCUGUUAUUCUUCUUCUUCUUCUUCUUCUUGUCAAUGCAGCAGCCGCAGCUUCUUCUGCUGCUGCUAAUGUACCUAUGAAAUAAAUAAGCAUACAUAAUAAUAAUAAUGCAAACUUCCUUUCUCUUAA